GACGUUUCUUUGGUUUUGGGUCGGUGGAUUUCUCAGAGACAGAAGAGGGGGCCACAUAUACACACCAUAUCUGACCGUCACUACUCUUUUCUUCUUCUCACCCAUACAUUUGCAUGUUCUCUCCUUUUCUUCUAAAUUCUACCAUCCACGACUCUUUCUCUCUCUCCGUCUCCCUCUAUAUCUGCAUUUAUUGCACAAUCUCUCUGCCUUAAGCAUUUAUAACAAUCACGAUAUCCUCAAACCGUCAUCACUCUCUCUAUCUCUAUAUAUAUAUUUGCAUAUUGCAACCGUCGGUUAUAACCGAACUCAUCUCUUUGGUCGUUACUAUUCGUAUAGAUAUGUUGAGGACUACUUGCUUUUAUUUCCUUUUUAUCGUUUUUGUCAUCCUUUCUCGGACUUGCUUAUGCGAUUCUCGCCGCCUUGGACCCACGGAGAAGAAGCUUGGUGUGAAUCGUGAUCGCGAUGCAGAGAACAAAGAAGAGGUAGCAAAAUUAGAAGCUCCGACAACAAACGAGACGAAAACCUUUUCAAGCGAAGCACCGAUCGAAAAUGCCAAAGUUAAUCAUGGUGAGAUCAAUGGCAAGAGUACGAAGGACGAUCGCAGAGGAAAACGAGCUUCAGUAGACAGAACGGUGUCGUCUAAAAUAGUCUCGAGAACUUGGAAAGUUCCCAAAUAUUCAAAGAAGCAGCCAAGAUCAGAUCAAGAACAUCCCGGAUUCAAUCUCGAUUAUAUGCAGCCAACCACGCACCCGCCUCAUCAUAAUUAACUCUUUUUAUUGGUCAUGCAAUAACACGAGAAAUUUUCAUAUUGUGUUUUUAUUAUAUAUAUAAUAUAAUAACUAAAGUCACGAAGAAUGUUCACAUUUUGACUCGUGUAAUAGGUCAAAACGACCUAGCUAGUUUUAAGCUUCAUAAUCAAAAUACGUAUCUUAGAUUAGUAUUAAUUUCUUGAUAUUGUCCAAUACUAUUACGUUUGCAUUUCUUGAUUUUGUGACUAUAUCACGCUUUCAUGCGCAUUUAUCGC